AUCCACUCACCAUUUCAUUGUGGGUCGACAGAUCGACCAGUAACUAAUCAGCAGACACCAAGCUGUACACUGUCUGUCCUGUCAGAAGGAUCAGAAUGAGGGGAACGAGUGCGUCAGGAAGGCUACAGCGUCAUCCACCAGUGACCGGUAUGACGUACAGACACCAUCGCCUUGCUCGUGUGCCGCCGCGGGUGGCAGGAAACAAGCCGGCGACAGCACCAGGUUGAUGAUUCGGAGGGUGAAUGGGGGGCUGCGGCCGGGAGGGCGGUCGGCUAUCUGGGCCAGCGUGCUCUUCAGCAGACGGAACACGUGCUGAAUCUAAAACAAACAGGAUACAAACACAAGCCUUGAUGUGGGCUGGGCGGCAUGGCCAUGAAAUGUGUCUGUCCCUCUUGCCAUCGCGGCUGACUGACUGACAGACCCUUCUCUGCAGUGGUGCGUAUGCGAGUGAGGUCUCGGCCUCCAUCAGCACGGGCAGAGUCAGCACACGGACACUGUUCUCGCUGCACACCUACACACACACAGAUGCAGACAAAUCACAUCACACCACGUGCAGUGCACCGCACCCCAUGUGCUGUGCUGGAAUGUAAUUUAUGGUUAUGGUUAUGAUGCGUCAGUCACCUCGAGUACUCGCUGCAGCGCCGCCUGCAGGUCUGGCGGCAGCUGGUCAGACGGGGCCUCGUCGGAAGACACCAACACAUGAAUCACAGCCUGACGCACACAUACACAAGAAUACAAGCACCCAUGGCUGUCUACACCACACCACACCUGUACAGCGGGGAGGUUGGUGUGUCGAGUAAUGAAGAAGUCACCCACACGCAGAGGGCCGUAUUGACAAGCCUGCAGACACUCACACACACAAAGGCAGGGAAUUCACCGAGUAAGCCAAGCCCACAUCACAUUCACCACACAAACAAAGGUCGGUCGGUGACUGAGGGGCUGACUGACUGACUGACCAGUUUACGCUGUUGGUUGAGCGGUGGGAAGUGGAAGUCCGGGCUGCUCUCACACGCAUCCGCCAACUGAUGGUCCUGCACACCACACACAGGACAACAUAACAUACAUACAUCAGCGCAUGCAUUGUUGGCCUGGCCCCCUCCCCUCCCCCCUCACACACAUCCACGCACACCUGUUGUGUAUCGAACUGCAGCCGUUCGGGCGUCGGCAGCACAACACCAGACAGCGCAUCGCCAUAUGCGACAGGCACCUCACCCCGAAGCCCCCCUUUCAGCCGCCGAUCGUAUGCCAACGGAGCCGCCAUGCGAUCGUCGGCCCCCCACUGAGCAGACGCAAAAGCAUCAUGGUGGCCGUUGUCGUAUGUGUAUCGUGGCGGGGAGAGGAGGUCUGGUGGGCUGUCACGAAGAACGGAUGCGAGGGAGCUGGGGGGCGGUGAAUGGGCUGCGGGGUGGGGUGUGGGUUUGAGGACGUCGAGGACGUGGCCCGAGCAGAGGCGGAGGAUGCAGAUCUCCUUCUGCUGAGCACCGAAGCCCACACGAAUCGCUGCCUCCUCCUGCAAAGUGAAAAGGCGUCAUGAGAAGCCGUUGCUUGCCGCGGUUUCUUACCUUGAGUGCUCCUGUGGGCACCAUCGAUUCCCACCACUCUCCUUUCCCACUGCCCCUGGUCCCGCCUUCGCCGUGCUCUGCAGAUCGCUGCGAUGCCGACGCAUUCGACGGUGAAGUGACAGGCGCGGAGGGAACAGCACUGUCAUCCGCAUGGCUGGUCAGCAGGCGCAGCCGCCCUCCCUUGCGGCCCCUCUUGGCCUUGUCGGCCACACUCCGCAGUGAACGGAUGAAGGACGCUGCGCGGGAUGUUGGUCGGGUGCUGGUCUGAGCAGCAGUGCCGGCCUCGGUGGGUGUGUGGGGGAGCGCGCUGUCUGGCGGUGGCUCUGCGCAUGGCAGUGGUGGUAGGGAGAGGGGUGUGGAUUGGCUGGUCUUGGUGACCUCGUAUGCGAACAGAUCUAGGAUGAGGUCGCGGUACUCUUCCAGCUGCUGCCGCUGCAUGCUUUGCAGCUCAGCCGUCCAGUGCCUGCCAGCCAUGACACAGCCGAAGAGGGCAGUGAAACAAACACACACACACUCCUGCACAGCUAUCCUCUCGUUCUGGCUGAUACACACCUCUCGAGUGCUUCCAGCUCGGCCACAUGCUGGUUGACGAGCUCAGUGAUGGGCGUGGGGCUCUCGUCGUCGCCCUCCUCCUGCCCCUGCACCAUCCCAUCAGCCAUGUCACUCUGCUGCAUCGCAAGCUCCAUCUCCAGCGACUGACGCAGCUGCAGCUCCGCCAGCGCCUUGUCCUUCCUCUCGCGGGCCUCCCGCAGGGCGGCCGCAUAAGAGUGCUCGAGGUCGGGGAGUGUGUGGCAGACACUGGGGCUGAUCUGCAUGAGCGAGUCGUAUGCGCACCAGAAGGGGAGAGGGAGGAACGGCAGCAGGGGAGGGGGGUUGUCUGGCACAGGCAGUGCUGGGAUGUCCGAUGGCGAGGGCGUGUUGUCUGACGCGCCGCUGUGGGAGGGGGAUGACAGAAGGGAGUCGGUGGGCGUGUGCAGUGGCUGUGGCGGGGAUGAGGGGAGGCAGCUGCUGCUGGACAGCACAUGGGGAUGGUGCAGCUCCUCGGCAGCAAGCAUGUCCAUGGCGCUGAGAGCCUUCUGCUUCAAACCAUGGUCCAUAUUGUUGGCUUCGCAGAACUCGGUGAUCUUGGCCGCGCAGUUGGUCCGCUCUUCACUCGUGAGUGUGAGGUGAAUGGCCUUGCCGCCGAAGCUCAGAUGGAGCGCCCCUUCUGCCGACGGCUGUGUGUGUGACGACAUCGCCAUGAGUUGAUCUUCGCUACUUCAACAGUAACCCAUCCACUAGCAUCGCCGCAGCCGUCGGUCUUGGCAUUG